GCGGCUGCAGGACACCUGCUGAAAGUAUCAGUCAGACUGAAGCCGGGGGAGGAGGGGACGCGGGGGGGUGGCUCCAGCGAGGCGCGCGCCCAGCGCGGUGCUGCGCACCCGGCCGCCGCAGGGACAGGAGGAGGAGGAGCCGCCGCCGCCGCCGCCGGAGCCCGGAAAGUGAAAGGGAAACUAGACCCCCGGGCUCCAUGAAGCUGCUGGGGCUCUGGCUCUUGUGCCGCCUGCUCCCCGGCGGCGGCGCCGGCUCCUCCUCGAGCCCCGCGGGGAUCCAGCCAGAGGGGAGCAGCGGCGGCCGCACGGACUUGCCCGGUUGCCGGAACCUCAGCCGGGCUCGCUGGGGCGGGCGGGAGGAGGCCGCCCUGCGGGAAAGUAUUAAAAGAAUUAGGAGUCUGAAUUCUUUAUCAUCAGAUGACAACAUGACUGCUUUUUAUGGAAUAAAUCAGUUUUCUCACUUGUUUCCUGAAGAUUUUAAAGCUAUUUAUUUAAGAAGCACACCUUACAGAGUUCCCAGAUACACAGAAGUGCUGAAGAGAAAGGAAACACUGUUACCAACAAAGUUUGACUGGAGGGACAAGAAUGUUGUCACCCAAGUGAGAAAUCAGCAAACAUGUGGAGGCUGCUGGGCAUUCAGCAUUGUGGGUGGAAUAGAAUCUGCCUAUGCAAUCAAAGGGAAUAAUCUGGAAGAACUCAGUGUACAACAGGUCAUUGACUGUUCGUACAACAAUUACGGCUGCCAUGGUGGCUCUACUGUUGGUGCUCUCAGCUGGCUGAAUCAGACACAAGUAAAAUUGGUGAAAGAUUCUGAAUACACUUUUAAAGCUCAAACUGGACUGUGCCAUUAUUUCCAGCCCUCUGAUUUUGGAGUUUCAAUCACAAAUUAUGCUGCGUAUGACUUCAGUGACCAGGAAGAUGAAAUGAUAAAGAAGCUUGUUAACUGUGGACCUUUGGCAGUGACAGUAGAUGCAGUUAGCUGGCAGGAUUAUCUGGGUGGGAUCAUACAGUAUCACUGCUCCAGUGGAAAAGCAAAUCAUGCUGUUCUCAUCACUGGUUUUGAUAGAACAGGUAGCAUCCCUUACUGGAUUGUACGCAACUCAUGGGGACACACAUGGGGAAUAGAUGGUUAUGCCCAUAUUAAAAUAGGUAGUAAUGUCUGUGGUAUAGCAGACACAGUUUCAUCUGUGUUUGUUUGACACCGACUGGCCGAACAAAAAAGCACUCUGCUUGCAGUCAUUUGGCAGAUACUAGGAUUCUGUAAAUUUACACUUACUCAGUGUAAAGAUAUUUUACUUCAAAAUUUUAAAAAAUGAUAUUUGUAUGAGGGGUUGGUCUGCUGGGCAUUACAGACAUGGCACAUCCAGAAUUCGGGAAGAUGCUUCAGCUUCCAGAGUCUGUGCCCCUAAAUCUGAUUGGGGCUGCACAGACAACUCUGCAGAAUACCAUACACUUGACCUUCUGUUCUGAGAAAGAAAGA